AUGGUUGAUAAUUGUGCUAGGAAAUUGUCUGAAUUAAGAAAUGAGCAACAGUUAGAUGUUCUAUUGGCUGAAGCCAAAAUGUUUUCCCAGGAAAAUGAACUGGAAGAAGUAUGGUUUCCAGAAAAACAGGUUCAGAGACGGAAAAAAAUGGCUGGAGAAAAAACCAAUGAUGAAAUAGUAUCAAAUGCCAAGGAUAAUUUUAAUAUACAAGUUUAUUUCACUGUCUUAGAUCAAAUAUGUACGUCUAUAACUAGCCGAUUUGAAGGAUCACGAGAAAUUUUAUCCGACUUGUCCCUUCUUUCAGUCGACCGACUCAUUGCUACAAGUAAAGGAUGUCCAAUACCUGAAGAUAAUUUUGUGUAUCUUGAUAAGUGGAUUCCAAAUUUACAAAUUGAUCAAUUAAAAUUGGAGUAUUCCACUUUUGCAUACAGUUUCCUUAAAUUGAAAUCAAAUAUAGCAAUUGAAAAAUUGCAUGAAAAGUUAUUAAAAACAUUUAACUUGAUAUCUGCAUUUCCUAAUAUGUACAUAGCAUAUACAUUUUUGUGUACCAUACCAGCUACAUCAGUCAGUAGCGAAAGGACUUUUUCUAAAUUAAAAUUGAUCAAGACGAGAAUUCGUUCAACAAUGGUACAAAAACGUCUGGACAGUUUGAUGCUCUUAUCAUGCGAAAAAGAUGUAAUUAUUAACCUUGAUGAAGCAAUAAACAAAUAUGCCAAUACCUCUAAACUACUACAAGAGGCAUUAUUAUAUAAGUAA